GAAGAGGAAGAGGAGGGAGGAAGUUUCGUUUUGCGUCACGGAGCUGUGAAGCAGUUGGCGGCAGAGAUGGAGCCUUCAGAGAGAGAAGCUCUACCCGCGGAUGAAGAUAACCAGGACUAUAAAGUACAAGUAACGUCGAAGAAGCGAGUAAUCCAGCAGAUGAAUCAAUACAAAGAGAUUUUAAGGAGAGUUCUGGACGAACAACCAGAUGUUCCAGAAGACACGAAGACGGUUCUACUGCAGGAGCUGCAGGCGAACUUUGAGGCGGCUGUUCAGGACAACGUGUUGGUGAACGGACUGCCGUGGGAGGAGGCAGCGGAUGUUGAAGCGGAGGACGAGGCUCUGGAUCUGGAGAGCCUGCUAGAUGACACCAUCGUUGAGACCACCAGGAGGCGCUGUGCGUACCCGAGACAGAUCCUGCCUCACGUGGUCCACUCCCUCAAAGCUGAACGUAAACUCUUGGGUCUGUAUGAGAACGCAGUCAAACCUCAAGAGGUGGUCAAAGAUCCUGGUCAAGAGAGCAUCAUGAAGGACUUAUCAGCAGCAGCUCCUGGGAUGGUGAAACAGGCCAUCCAGGUCAUAAAGUCGAUCAACACGCUGCAGAAACAAGCCGAGAGCCUCCGUGAGGUCGUCAACAUGAAGCCGAGUCACGCCACUCUGGAGAUCCACAGAGAAGUGUUCGGUUCUAACGGCCAAUCGGACGCCCCGCUGCCUCCUCUGACCAGGCAGCCAAUCAAGAGAGCCGUAGAGGAAGCCGCCGCCGCCGGCUGCUAUGUGCCUCUCAGUAAGAGACGUGUGGGAGAUGGCGAGCCGGAGUGACGCUUCCUGCUCCCGUCACCACACGGCGGGGGAGACGGUGCGAUGUUACGGACUAAUACGUUUGGUUUUGGAACUCUUUUAAUAAUAUAAAGCCGUGGUUCAACAUGA